AUGGGCGACAAAGGGGACAGAGGGGACGUCGCGUCGGUGUCGCCGGCAACACCGGAGGACGCGGCCAGGGCGGAGAUGUACAAGGAGGAGGCGAACGAGUACUUUAAGAAUCAAGUAUACGACAAAGCUAUUGAGUUAUAUACCAAAGCCAUAGAAUUAAAUCCAUUGGUUGCUGUAUAUUUUGGCAACAGGAGUAUUGCCUACCUGAGGAUGGAAUGCUUCGGAUACGCAUUGACGGACGCGUCCGCGGCGAUCGAGUUAGAUAGAAAUUACGUCAAGGGCUAUUAUCGGAGAGCUGCCGCUUACAUGUCCCUCGGCAAGUUCAAGCUGGCUCUCAUGGAUUACAAGACUGUUGUAAAGGCUAGGCCGAACGAUAAGGAUGCAAAAGACAGAUACAUGGAAUGUCGCAAGAUGGUUAAGGUGUCGGCUUUUAACAAGGCGAUCUCUGUCGAGGAUAAGAAGAACAUAGCUGAUACAAUUAAUCUAGAAGAUAUGGCGAUUGAAGAUGAAUACACAGGGCCAAAAUUGGAUGACGGGAAAGUCACGCUGGAAUUCAUGAAAGAUUUAAUAGAAUGGUAUAGAAAUCAAAAUAAGUUGCACCGUAAAUACGCUUACAAAAUCUUGUUGGACGUUAAGUCGUGGUUUAUGGCACAACCUAGCUUAGUGGACAUUACAAUCCCAAGUGAAAAGAAGUUCACCAUCUGCGGGGAUAUACAUGGUCAAUACUACGAUCUACUUAAUAUAUUUAAGUUGAACGGAUUGCCAUCAGAGACUAAUCCAUAUUUAUUCAAUGGAGAUUUUGUAGAUAGAGGUUCCUUCUCCGUGGAAUGCAUAUUUACCUUAUUUGGUUUUAAAUUAUUAUACCCAAAUCACUUCUUCAUGUCAAGAGGUAAUCACGAAUCGGCGACAAUGAAUCAAAUGUAUGGAUUCGACGGGGAAGUGAAAGCUAAAUAUUCCGUUCAGAUGGCAGAAUUGUUCACAGAGGUUUACAAUUGGCUCCCUCUUGCACACUGCCUCAACCGUAGAGUGCUUGUGAUGCACGGUGGACUGUUUUCGCGGGACGACGUGACGUUGCAAGAAAUCAGAGAAAUUGACAGAAACAGACAACCGCCCGACGAGGGAUUGAUGUGCGAGCUGCUGUGGUCAGAUCCGCAGCCGCAAAUGGGCCGGGCGCCCAGCAAGAGGGGCGUGGGCGUUCAAUUUGGACCUGAUGUCACGGAGAAUUUCCUCAGGAUAAAUUCCCUUGACUACGUCGUGAGGAGUCACGAGGUGAAGAACGAGGGAUACGAGGUGGGACAUGACGGGAAGUGUAUCACAGUAUUCUCCGCUCCCAAUUACUGUGAUACCAUGGGUAACCGAGGUGCCUUUAUCACACUUAACGGCAGUGACAUGAAACCUUAUUUCACGUCGUAUGACGCAAUGCCUCAUCCGAACGUAAGGCCGAUGGCUUAUGCCAAUUCGUUAUUAAAGUUUAUGUGCUAGUGGAACAUCUAGGUAUUAAUAAAAAAAAAAGAAUAAUAACUGAAAUAUAAGUAGUCCAAUCACAAAGUGUGCGUAAUAUAUUUGAUACUGAAAUGGGGAAGGUAAGAGACACUUUAGGCUUCUCCGCAACAAUUAAUUAUUAUAUUCUUUCUAGGAGAUCGCGCGAUCGAAUUUCCUGUUAUUAUAAAAGAUAUAUGUGCGGUGAGAAAUGCAUAAUAUUGAUGGGUACAAAAAAAAACGAGAAAGGUUUGCUUAUUUUUAAUAGUAGGCAAACUAAAAUCUAUCAGACUCUUCUUAUCUAUGAUAAGAAAGCACGUGGCUCAUCAAACACUAACGAUUUGUGUUCGUUUGUAACAAAAUGGCGCGAAGAGAACGUUUCUAUUUUGUACCCUCAAUCCACGGCCACCUUGCUCGUUAAAGAUACCCCACUUAUACGUGCGCGUAUAAAACAUAUAAAAAGAACAAAUAAUUUUGAUCUCCAGAUAGUUGCACGAAGUUUUAAUUUUAUAAUGUAUUAUUUAUAUAUACGAGAAAUGUGCGGAAUCUUAAAUUUUUAAUCGAUUCUUUAGCGACCAACGGUGGAGUUUCAAUGAAAUAUAGCAAUUAUUACGAGAGAAUACGUAAAUGCGUAUGCAAGGAAAAAAAAACUAGAAUAAUUAUGUAGUACAAUGUUCCAGCCAAUCACCGCUUGUCACGUUAUUUGUGACAAUUUUUUUACAAAACUACUGAUUGGAGGAACUUCUUUGAUCUAACAUUUUGUUUUUUGUUAAUAAAUGAUGUUUAUGAUGUA